AACAACACCAGCAGCUGAACAGAGGAAAAGAUUUCUCCGGCCAGCGUAGGCACAUCGGAGGAGAGAGAGGAGCGGCGCAACGCAGUUAGUUAACCCCCAGCGCAGUAGCAGAAGCAUGUCGUGCUGCCUUCGCCGUGCUGCGGUGCCGGUGAAGCGUGUGUGGCUCGGCCUCCGCUGGCGUCUCCGGCGCCGGCGCAGCGGCCUGGGCGAGCUUACGAGGGAGGUGCGGACGUGCGAGUACGACGACGUGCACGUCAUGUGGGGGCUGCUCAGCGGCAUGGACGGCAGCGCGCCGCGCAAGUACGUCUACGUACCGGUACCGGUACCGGAAGACUCGGGCGCCUUGGCCGCCGCCGCGGCCUCCACCGGGGCGAAACGGCGGAGAAAAAGGAGGGCCGACGCCGAGUCGGCCGCGUGGAGCCGCCUCUUCUCCUCCUGCUGCGCCUUCUGAUCAGAAUCCGAGCUGCUGCCUCGCCAGGUGUCCGGAUUUUUGAAAGAGUAAGUACGGACGAACUAGGAAAAUAUCUUCUAUGGAGUAUAAUCCUCUCUAGCUCUUGGUUCCCGAUCGAUUGCAGCGAUGAAGCAGCGAUCGUGGAGAGACAGACAGAGUGAGAGUGAUGAGCCAGCCAGCUCUAGUUUGAUUUGAGUGUACGUAUGCUGUAUUGAGAGUUGUAAAUACAGGCUGCUCUGCUUCCAUCUCGAUGUAAACCGAUCCAUGUCAAAUUAACAUGAUCACCUACCGGGGACAAUUUUGAUCAUGGCUA